ACAAUGGACUUUUUCAACUCCGCUCUUGGAAAAAACAACACUUUUGUGCGUCCUGCAUACUUCAUAAUAAGUGGAUUUAUUGGCAUACCAUAUAUUAAGUAUAUAUAUGUCUUUCUCUUUUUUGUUUAUCUUGUUUCAGUUCUGGGAAACACAGUUGUAAUGGCCGUAAUAUACUUGGAUCAUAAUCUGAGAACUCCAAAAUAUGUUGCUGUUUUUAAUUUAGCUUUUGUGGACCUGUGUGGUAGUUCUGCUCUGGUGCCAAAGCUUCUUGACAUCUUUCUGUUUAACCAUCCCUACAUCCCCUACAACGACUGCUUGGCAUUCCUUUUUUUCUGCUACACCUGCCUUUCUAUGCAGUCAUUUAAUCUGGUUGCACUCUCCUAUGACAGACUGAUAGCUAUCAUCUUCCCACUGCACUAUCAAGUGAAGGUGACCCACAGGUUUAUGCUGUCGUUGAUUGCCUCAUUCUGGGUCUUUGUUAUUAUUGUUGUGCUUAUUGCAGUUGGCCUUCUUACAAGACUUUCCUUCUGUACGUCUGUGGUUAUUAACAGCUAUUUCUGUGACCAUGGCCAGAUAUACAGGCUGGCCUGCAAUGACACAACUCCCAACUCUGUCAUUAGUGUGUUGUUACCGCUUCUUAUUCUUUGGCUGCCACUGACAUUUAUCUUGUUUAGUUAUUCAUAUAUUGGCUAUGCAUUGUCUAAAGUAGCCACAGUUCAGGAAAGAGUAAAGGCCUUUAAAACCUGCACAGCUCAUCUUUCAUUAGUGACAAUUUAUUUUCUCCCAAUAAUAAUCACAUUUACUAUGACUUCAAAAAUAGAUCCAAAUGCCAGGAUCAUAAACCUUGCUCUGACCUCCGUCUUUCCUCCCAUGCUGAACCCAAUCAUUUAUGUUCUGCAGACGCGAGAAAUCAAAGAGUCUGUAAAAAAAAUAUUAAAAAUCAGAAAAAAAUCCAAAAUUACGGUGAAGAAAUGA